UCUUCGGGCGCACCCACCCCAGAUGCCGCCUGGCACCGAGCGCAGCCGCCGCCGCCGCCGCCGUAGCAGCAGCACUUUCCACUUGUAUUGAUCAUCUCCCAGCCCCGCUCAGCCUGCUUGCCCGAGCGGAGCGCGGCCAGCGCGCCAGCCCUUGGCAGCCCCGGAGCGGUCGGGCUCCGGGAGGAAACUCCUUGGGAGCGCCCUGUCCGGGGUGCCCUCUGCGCUCUGCAGUGUCUUUCUCUCUGCCUGGGAGGAGGAGAAGGAGGCGGAGGAGGACGUCUGGUCUGGGUGGGGAGGUGGAGCAGCGGCAGCCGCCGCCGCCGCCGCCACCGCUGCCGCCGCCGGAAAGGGAGAGGCAGGAGAGAUCGAGACUUAGAAAUCCCGAAGUGUCCGCGACCCUGCACGGCAGGCUCCCUUCCAGCUUCAUGGGCAAAGUGUGGAAACAGCAGAUGUACCCUCAGUACGCCACCUACUACUACCCCCAGUAUCUUCAAGCCAAGCAGUCUCUAGUCCCAGCCCACCCCAUGGCCCCUCCCAGCCCCAGCACCACCAGCAGUAAUAACAACAGUAGCAGCAGUAGCAACUCAGGAUGGGAUCAACUAAGUAAAACGAACCUCUAUAUCCGAGGACUGCCUCCCAACACCACAGACCAGGACCUGGUGAAGUUGUGUCAGCCGUAUGGAAAAAUAGUUUCUACCAAGGCAAUUUUGGAUAAGACAACGAACAAAUGCAAAGGUUACGGUUUUGUCGACUUCGACAGCCCUGCAGCGGCUCAGAAAGCUGUGUCUGCCCUGAAGGCUAGUGGGGUUCAAGCGCAAAUGGCAAAGCAACAGGAACAAGAUCCAACCAACCUGUAUAUCUCUAAUUUGCCACUGUCCAUGGAUGAGCAAGAACUUGAAAAUAUGCUCAAACCAUUUGGACAAGUUAUUUCUACAAGGAUACUUCGUGAUUCCAGUGGUACAAGUCGUGGUGUUGGCUUUGCUAGGAUGGAAUCAACAGAAAAAUGCGAAGCUGUUAUUGGUCAUUUCAAUGGAAAAUUCAUUAAGACACCACCGGGAGUUUCUGCUCCUACAGAACCUUUAUUGUGUAAGUUUGCGGAUGGAGGACAGAAGAAGAGGCAGAAUCCCAACAAAUACAUCCCUAAUGGAAGACCAUGGCAUAGAGAAGGAGAGGUGAGACUUGCUGGAAUGACACUUACUUAUGACCCAACUACAGCUGCUAUACAGAAUGGAUUUUACCCUUCACCAUACAGUAUUGCUACAAACCGAAUGAUCACUCAAACUUCUAUUACACCCUAUAUUGCAUCUCCUGUAUCUGCUUACCAGGUGGCAAAGGAAACCAGAGAAAACAAGUAUCGGGGCUCUGCUAUCAAGGUGCAAAGUCCUUCUUGGAUGCAACCUCAACCAUACAUUCUACAGCACCCUAGUGCCGUAUUAACUCCCUCAAUGGAGCACACCAUGUCACUACAGCCUGCAUCUGUGAUCAGCCCUCUGGCCCAGCAGAUGAGUCAUCUGUCACUAGGCAGCACCGGAACAUACAUGCCUGCAACAUCAGCUAUGCAAGGAGCCUAUUUGCCACAGUACGCACACGUGCAGACGACGGCUGUUCCUGUUGAGGUGUACAGAAAGGAGUUCUUACGUGAAGAAGGGUGUGAAGGCUGAACAAUCAUGGAUUUUUCUGAUCAAUUGUGCUUUAGGAAAUUAUUGACAGUUUUGCACAGGUUCUUGAAAACGUUAUUUAUAAUGAAAUCAACUAAAACUAUUUUUGCUAUAAGUUCUAUAAGGUGCAUAAAACCCUUAAAUUCAUCUAGUAGCUGUUCCCCUGAACAGGUUUAUUUUAGUAAAAAACAAAAACAAAAAAAAAAAAAAAAAGAUUUUUAUCAAA